AUGAAUAAAAAAAGCAGUGGUUAUUUCUUACUGAUCAUUCUACUAAUUAGAAUGGCUCCAAGUUUCCCCACUACUGUAAGUUAUGUCGAUCCUACUUUAGAGUCUAUGGAGUAUUCAGUGAUACACCAGAAAAUAGUAGAUUCACAGUUCAAGUGCUAUGAAAGGAUGAACAGAGCGCCUCCUUACAAGAAAAAAGGUUUGUACUGUAACCGGACCUGGGAUGGAUGGCUGUGUUGGGAUGAUACACCAGCUGGAGAAUAUGCUGACCAGAAUUGUCCCGAUUAUUUUCAAGAUUUUGAUCCAACUGAAAUAGCAACAAAAUAUUGUGAUAAGACAGGAACAUGGUUUCGGCAUCCAGAAACCAAUCGGACCUGGUCCAACUAUAAACGCUGCAAUUCUUUUACAAAUGAAAAGCGUAAGAUGAUUUUCAUAGUUUAUUACAUGACUAUAGCAGGACAUGUAUUGUCUAUGGUUUCCCUGCUGAUUUCCUUGGGAAUUUUCUUUUAUUUCAAGAGCCUCAGCUGUCAAAGGAUAACACUGCAUAAGAAUCUCUUUUGUUCAUAUGUUCUUAACUCUGUGUUUACACUUGCCCACCUCAUUGCAAUAGUGCCUGACCAAGAGCUGGUCAAAAAAGAUCCAAUAAGCUGCAAAGUGCUUCAAUUUUUUCACCAAUAUACAAUGGGCUGUAACUACUUCUGGAUGCUUUGUGAAGGAAUAUAUCUUCAUACACUGAUUGUGGUGGCAGUAUUUGCUGAAGAACAGCGCUUGCAUUGGUAUUACUUCCUGGGCUGGGGUUUUCCUUUAGUGCCAGCAUCAAUUCACGCUGUGGCCAGAGCCAGAUAUUUCAAUGAUAACUGUUGGAUUAGCGUUGACACAUAUUUGCUGUACAUUGUUCAUGGGCCUGUUAUGGCAGCUUUAUUGGUCAAUUUUUUCUUUUUGCUCAACAUUGUACGAGUUCUCGUUACAAAAUUGAGAGAUACACAUCGGGCUGAAUCCAAUAUGUACAUGAAAGCUGUCAGAGCCACUUUAAUUCUUGUGCCCUUAUUAGGUAUUCAGUUUGUCAUCUUUCCCUGGAGACCAGAAAAUAAACUUGCUGGAGAAAUAUAUGAUUACAUCAUGCAUAUUUUAAUGCACUAUCAGGGCUUACUUGUGGCAACUAUUUUCUGUUUCUUCAAUGGAGAGGUCCAAGGAACUCUGAAGCGGCAAUGGAUGCAGUAUAAAACUCAGUGGGGUCAAAGGCGCCGUGAUCAUUGCUCUACACGGUCUACCUCCUACACAGCAACAUCUAUCACGGAGGUUCCUGUUUAUCUAUAUCAUCAUGAUUCCAACAGUGAGCAUCUGAAUGGAAAGUACAUACAUGACUCCGAACUUGUUGCAUUAAAAUCUGGAGAGACAUCUGCUUAAUUUAUAAUUAAAGGGUUCCACUUUUUAUUUCUGCACAAAGGAGCAGACUGUAAAGCCCCGGCAAUGUGCAUACUUGCUCAGCAAACUGGAACCAUCAUAUGCAAAGUG